ACGCCCUGGCGAGGCGUCGGUUUGGCUUCGCGGCUGGGCUUUAAGCCAAGGACAGGGGGGUGAGGUUUAGCUAUGCAGAGGUAGAGACCUGCCUCCCCCGCCCCGCAGCCGGGAAGCCGCGUUCACACGUGAUCGCAAAGUCUGUGGAGAAGAAAUAAAAGGCCUUGUUUUAGGAGAUUAUGUCCGAAGAUUCAAAUAAAGAAAAGCAGCAAGUGGAAGUAUUAACAGAUGAUUAUUACAAUUCGGAUGAGGAUCCUUUCAGCCAGUUUUUAACAGAAGAUCUUGAACAGUGUACAUUUUUCACAGAUUCUUUUUGUGAACAAUUGUUGCCACGAACCACACAGAUUUUAUUGGAAUAUAACUCAGGGAAAUGGGUGCCACGACUUCGUGAACCACGAGAUUUAUAUGGCCUGUCUCCUGCAGGACAUGUACACUUAGUACGCUGGCCCCAUCAGUAUGAAGUAAUCAGAGACAGAAUCGAGCACAUUGAGUGGGUUCCACCUCAGCCGGAGCCAUUGUAUACCCCAACAGGUCUGGAGGCUGAGCCACUCUGUCCAGAGCCUAGUGAGGGUGCUGUGGUAUAUCUAGCUGAUGAAGUAGCUGGUAAGGAUUCCAGCUUUAUGUGUUCUCGUAUAGGAGGCAGCUGCCCAUCCAAGCAGGUGCUUCCUCAGUCCUGGGAUGACUGGGAUAAUACCUUAAUCUUCGAAGGACGAUUUGAAAGUGGGAAUCUGCAAAAGGUAGUCAAAAUUAGUGAUUUUGACUACCAACUGACUCUACGCACUGAUUUGUACACAAAGAAGCACACACAGUGGUACUACUUCCAGGUCACCAACACUCAAGCAGGAAUACCUUACCGUUUUACCAUUGUCAACUUCACCAAGCCAACAAGCUUGUACAAUCAUGGUAUGCGUCCAUUAUUGUAUUCGGAAGCAGAAGCGAAGAUCCACAAAGUGGGGUGGCAAAGGACAGGAGAUGAAAUCAAGUAUUAUAGAAAUAACCGUAGCCAAGAUGGACAUCAGUAUUUUUCCUUGACGUGGACAUUCCAGUUCCCACAUAAUAGAGAUACCUGCUAUUUUGCUCACUGCUAUCCUUACACCUACAGUAACUUACAAGACUACCUGUCUGCCAUUGCUACAGAUCCAAAGCGGUCCAAGUUCUGCAAGAUCCGCAUCUUAUGCCAUACUCUGGCGAGAAACAUAGUCUAUGUUUUAACCAUCACCAACCCCUUGCAAGACUCCAAAGAAGAGAAACGGAAAGCAGCAGUGAUUUUGACUGCCAGGGUGCACCCAGGUGAAACUAACAGUUCCUGGAUGAUGAAGGGCUUUCUGGAUUACAUUCUGGGGGAUUCAAGGAGUGCCCAGUUGCUCCGAGACACUUAUGUUUUUAAAGUGGUACCAAUGUUGAAUCCAGAUGGUGUGAUUGUGGGGAAUUACCGGUGUUCUUUAGCAGGCAGGGACUUGAAUCGUAAUUAUAAAUCAGAACUCAAGGAUUCCUUCCCUUCAAUCUGGUACACGCGCACCAUGAUCAAAAGCUUAGCUCUGAGUCCUCUCAACGAUCAGGAGCUAAGAAAAGCAUUCUCAUUCUCAGACUGCAAUUUCAAGAUACAGAAAGGCAAAGAAGGGACAGGUCGUGUAGUGAUGUGGAAGAUGGGCAUCAGCAAUAGCUAUACUUUGGAAGUUACUUUCUGUGGGUCUAAGCUAGGCAGUAGAUAUGGUACUCACUUCAGUACUAAGGAUCUGGAGUCCAUUGGAUAUCAUUUCUGUGAUUCAUUGUUGGAUUUCUGUAAUGAAAAUCAAGGCAAGUAUAACGAAUACCUGAAGGAACUGGAGGAAAUGGCAAAACAAGAUGAUGCAGUUAUCUUUCUCAAUGAAACCGCAGAUAGAGAUUCCAGUUCUGAUAGCUCAGAUUCCAAUGAAUUUGCAGUUAAACAAGACACGCAGGCAAAGCCAAAAAAGAAAUGUCUGAAAACAAAGAGAGAAAGGGGCUUCUCUCUUGAAUCACCGGGAAGAAGGAUUUCUAAACAUUCUCAAGAACCAGUGAGUGAAGACAAAAAAUCAGUAGAUACUUCUCCCAGAAUUUCCAAGAGUCAAGAACAGAUAAUUAAAAAUACCCAGAUUUUUCAGAAAUUAAAAUUGAUGGAACUGCAAAACAUGCAGAGAGAAAAGUGUGAGAUUUCCAAACAGAAUCCAGAGUCUUUCUCCAGAACCCCUAAUACUCAAAAGGGAUGCCCUUCACAUUUCUGGGAGUGUAUAAAAGAAGAAAGCCAAAACCUUAGGAAGAUGCCAGAUAGAGGCUAUGUGUUUGUUAACUCCUUCUUCCACUCUACUCUGAAAGGAAGCAGGAGGAGUUAUGAGCCAAAAAACAUAGCAAGGUUUCAUGAACUUUUAAAGGAAUCUAGUUCUAUCAUAAAAGAUAAACCACACCAAACAACUUUGCUCACCCAGACAGAUUCUAUGCCAGAUGAACCAACAAAAUAUACAGUCCAGUAUCUUAGUCAUUAUUUUCCUGAACAAGGUUUAAAUAUUGGCUGGGAUCUAGCCCAGCCUUUGAAGCAAAUAAUUUCCCAGAGGCUCUUCCUGCCUCCUACUGCCCUUAAGCAAGCAUGCAGCACAAGCAAAAGAAAUGGUGCACUUUCUGGUUGUCGGCUUCCUAGAGUGGAAAAUACGGGGAAAGAAGCGAAGAGCCAGCAAAGAACCUCUCUGGUACAUAUGGAGAGAAAUCCUAGUUCUGUGUUUCUGUCUCAGGCAACUGGAGAAACCCACCCUGAAAGGGGAUUCAUCACCUUGGAGUUAGGUGAAAAAGAACUGCAAAAUAUAGCUCUGGCUCAAGAAGCACAUUUUAGUUCUCCAUACAACAAAGCUACAACCUGGCGAUUAGAAAAGCAUCAGCAUGGAAGGGCUGCUAGUUGCAGAGAGAAGACACCUUCACAGAUGAAAGGUCUCUUUGAGAACUCCAAAUUCCAUUUAGAUGGAAAGGAAAGAAUUGGAAAAGAAUGGUCACCAUCAAGAAACACUAAACCUGAUAGAAGCAGAGGAGGAUGCCGUGAAGCAGGUCUUCGACUGACUACUCCUUCUCAGACACCAGAUUUUCUACAGCUCUCCUUGCCUUUAGUGUCUGAGGGAAAGUAUGGAGCAUCCACUGAAAAAUACUACAGAGAUGAAAGACAUCCCAGAUCCUUAGGUGAACAUAGGCUACAUCUGGCUACACUGUCAACUGCAAAAGGGACCAACAAGACCAUUGUACUGAAAGACGGUGAAGACGGUGAAGCAUUUGGUUCAACACCUGUUCUACAGACCAGAUCCAAAAUACCCAGAAAAACCUCCUUAUGCCAAAUUGACAGCAAAUUUUUUUCCAAGAGACAUAAAAGUCAAUGCCUGAGUCUCAGAUCUUCUAUGCAUGACCUUUCAACCACAAUUGAGAGGCUGUCCUUUCCCGCUUAGAAACAGAUGCAGAUUCUUGGAGAAGCACCUGAAAAACCAAAUGCAUGAUGCUGUAAAGGUUCUGGUGUUAACAUCUUCAGAGAUUAUGGGUUCUGGCUUGUGGCAUUUGGUGCUGGGAAAAUGGGGAUGAGUAUUUUUGAUGAAGCGCAGUUGUACUUUAUAGGACAUGGGAUUUAAAUGUACCAGAACAUCAACCAUGAGGUUAUCAGCUGUGGCAGAUAAAAACAAAACUAAAAUACAAACCAGUUUAUCGACUUUAAUUUUUGUCAAAUUGCACAGGGAAGCAAGUCUACAUUUUUGCAUCUAAAGCCCACCCUCUUUAUCAGGCUGUGUUUCUUUAACAAAACUAUAGAGUGCAGGAUAUUGGGGUUGGGAUUUGCAGUAGGGAUUCACAUUAGAUAUUAAGAAAGCCUGUUUAGGCAUUUUGUCUCAUGUAGGCAUCCUUCAGUCUC